AAAAAAAAAAAAAAAAAAAAAAAAAAAAAGUCUAGUACAAGGAUGAGUGUGAAACAGUAAUAAGAAGAAGAUUCAAAUGUAGAACGAAGUGGGGGAUGGUAACAAGUUGUCGAUGAAAUUGUAAUAAAAGAGAGACGCGUUUCCCCCCAUUAGGCAUUCGAAAAUCUUGUAAAAUAUCAUGGAGAAAACCCUUGCCUAUAAGCAAAGCCACCCCUCAUAAAGUCAUAAUCCCCCACAUGUUGAAAUAAGUAUGUUAAUGGACCCUUUUAGGACCAUCCAAUGAUAUUUUGGCUGUCAAUUCUUUUUAUGGAGAGUUUGAUAUAUCUUCUUCUAUAAGCUAAGAAUCGGUGGUAUCUGGUUCUCAAAAUGAAUGGCUACAACUUGUUGGAUCAUACUCUUCGGAAUAUAAUUUGCUCUAUCAAUCCCUUGGAGGAGGAUUGGUCUAGGCGAUUUCAACUCAUUCAUGAACUUCGAGCUGUGGUUGAAAGCAUUGAAAGCCUAAGAGGGGCAACUGUGGAGCCAUAUGGAUCUUUUGUAUCAAAUCUUUUUACAAGAUGGGGAGAUGUUGAUAUUUCCAUAGAGUUGCCCAAUGGAUCAUAUAUCUCAUCUGCUGGGAAGAAGCACAAACUAACUCUAUUAGGGGAUGUACUAAAAGCUUUGAGAGCAAAAGGUGACUGCCGAAAGCUGCAAUUUAUUACCAAUGCAAGAGUUCCAAUCUUGAAGUUUCAGGGCAAUUACAAUAUUUCUUGUGAUAUAUCAAUUAAUAAUUUGAUUGGCCAAAUGAAGUCCAAGAUAUUAUACUGGAUUAGCAUGAUUGAUGGACGAUUUCGUGAUAUGGUUUUACUGGUAAAAGAAUGGGCUAAGGCACAUAAUAUCAAUGAUUCGAAAACUGGAACUUUGAACUCGUAUACUCUCAGCUUGUUAGUUGUCUUCCACUUUCAGACAUGUGUACCUGCAAUUUUACCACCUCUUAAAGAAAUAUAUCCAGGAAAUAUGGCUGAUGAUCUUACAGGUGUUAGGGCUAGUGCAGAGAAAUUCAUUGAAGAAGCAUGUGCUACGAAUAUAAAUCGACUUACAUCAAAUAAGUCUCUAGCGAUUAAUAAGAGUUCUCUGUCUGAACUUUUCAUCUCGUUCAUCGCAAAGUUCUGCGACAUCAGUUCAAGGGCCUCUGUUCAGGGAAUUUGCCCAUUUACUGGCCAGUGGGAAGAUAUUGAGAGCAACAUGAGAUGGCUGCCUAAAACAUACACAAUAUUUGUUGAUGAUCCCUUUGAGCAGACAGUUAAUUCAGCAAGGGGUGUAAGCAGUAAACAACUAGCAAAAAUAGAAGAAGCAUUCAGGAGGACCCACUUUAUGCUUAUUUCGCCGAAUCAAAACCAGAAUGAAGUUAUUUCUACUCUUUUUAGGCCACAUGUAUCGAAGUUUGUGGCAAGAACGCCUGGAAACCAAAAUAACUACAGUAGAAAUGGUCUAAGGCCACAAUUGCCGGCGCAGAGAGCUAUAAAGGCACCAUUACAAGUUCAGAGAGCUAUACAGCCACCAUUACAAGUUCAGAGAGCUAUACAGCCACCAUUACAUGCACAACAUCAGCUUCAGGCGCAGAGAGAUAUACAGCCAUCAUUACAAGCACAUCAGCUUCAGGCACAGAGAGCUAUAUGGCCACCAUUACAAGCACAACAUCAGCCUCAGGCACAGAGAGCCAUAUAUCCACCAUUACAAGCACAUCAGCUUCAGGACAAAAGGAUGAACAGAAAUCAGAAUUCAACGCCACAGGGACCCGAACAAGCAAUUCGUGUUCAAACACAGCCAGUAUGGAGGCCAAAAUCUGAUAAAUAGGGGGCGUGAAUUGGACUUGUGCUGCUGAAACUAAGCAUCCAUUCAAGUGCUUUUACUUCUUACUUUUUGGUUAUGGGGAGGGUAAUGAUCUUGGGUCCAGAGAGACUAAGGAGUCUAUUUGCCAAUAUCAGGGAAAGACAAUUGUCCCUCGAGGACAUCUGAUAAAAUAGGAACGAUAUAAAAAAGAAAACACUUGAUAAUACAUAUCGCUAUGUGCAGCACUAGUAAUGGUGGAUACCGAUGCAAUGCACCAUUUCCGAUAUAUUCUCUUA